AUGGAGGGUAGUGAGCGCGAUGCCGCCAUGCCGGCGCCACCGCGCGAUGUUCCAAUUCGAGAUUCCGCUCCGCCAUCGUCGUCCAGGACUCUCGUCCACUCAAACGAGCAAAGCAGGCCCAGCAAUGGAUCCGAACAAUCGCACAACCCGGGCGCUGACGUCUGGGCCGGCGCCAUAUCACGCCUCCAGACCCAAGUCUCGUCGAACACGAGUCUCCUCGAGUCGCAACGUCGGCAGAUCCAACGAUUGGAGAUGGACGUCCGCACCUUGGGCGACGAGAUACGCGGCGUCGUCACGGCUUUGAACGAGGUCCGCGCCGAUAUGCACAUCAAGGGCAGUGCGCCGGGGCCGGGCAGGCAUGAUCCUGGCGACUUUGAUUACUUGAUUGAGCAGGUGAAUGCCAUCAACGGCAAGGCGAAUGAGGUCGACGGGAUCAAGCUGCAGCUCAUUUCCAUGAAGAAUCGAAUGAAGCGACUGGAGGAG